AUGGCAUCCACCGAAUCCGCAGCGUCUGCAAACCACGUUGAGGAAGCUGGCCUCGCCGAGUCCUUGAACCAGCUUAAUGUCGGAGAUUCCCAGAACGACACCCCAAAGACCGAAGAAGAAUACGCGCAAUCGCAGUUGACCCUGCGUGCUAUUGUAUCGACCAAGGAAGCUGGUGUCAUCAUCGGCAAAGCUGGAAAGAAUGUUGCUGAUCUACGAGAAGAAACCGGCGUCAAAGCCGGCGUCAGCAAAGUUGUCCAAGGUGUACAUGAUCGCGUAUUGACAGUCACUGGCCCUCUUUCUGGCAUCGCAAAGGCAUAUUCUCUUGUGGCCAAGGGUCUUCUUGAAGGCGCACCGCAGAUGGGCAUGGGUGGCGUUAUCCAGAAUAACGGCACACAUCCCAUUCGUCUCCUCAUCUCUCAUAAUCAGAUGGGUACCAUCAUCGGCCGGCAAGGGUUGAAGAUCAAGCAUAUCCAGGAUGUGUCGGGAGUUCGGAUGGUUGCCCAGAAAGAGAUGUUGCCACAAUCCACUGAGCGUAUCGUCGAGGUUCAAGGCACGCCCGAGGGUAUCGACAAAGCUGUUUGGGAGAUUGGGAAAUGCUUGGUCGAUGACUGGCAGCGUGGCACCGGGACCGUUCUCUACAACCCGGCCGUUCGAGUCCAAGUUGGUUCCGGCCCUCUUCCUCCUGCAGUUGGCAGUGGUGGAAUGUCAGGUGGCAACUUCGGUGGCAGUGGUCGGUCCUACAAUCGAACUGGUAACGGCGCUGAUUUUAGUGAAACGCGUACGUACAACCGCAGCGCCGAUGCGCCACGAGGAGGUGGUAUUCCCAUGGUCACCGAGGACGGAGAGGAAGUCCAGACCCAGAAUAUCAGCAUCCCCGCCGAUAUGGUCGGCUGCAUCAUCGGAAGAGGAGGAGCAAAGAUCAGUGAGAUCCGCAAGAGUUCUGGAGCCCGCAUUUCCAUCGCCAAAGCACCACACGACGACACCGGCGAGAGAAUGUUCACCAUCAUGGGAAGCGCCAGUGCCAACGAACGAGCCUUGUAUCUCCUCUACGAAAACCUCGAGGCAGAGAAAGGACGCAGACAGCAGGUCUCUUCUGAAUGA